AUGCCUGCCCACGAAUCCUUCGCUGCUAACAAUGCUGCCUAUGUCGCAGCUUUCGACAAAGGUCAUCUCCCCCUUCCUCCCGCGAAGAAGUACACUGUUGUAACAUGCAUGGACGCCCGUAUCGAUAAAGAAGCCCUGCGAAGCAUUGUUAUCUCCCAACGUUUGCUGGGCACCCGCGAAGUAGCGGUCUUCCACCACACCGAUUGUGGCAUGUUGACCUUUACAACCCCUCAACUUCAAGACAUCGUCAAGGACGCUGCUCCAGGAAACGAUGCCGUGGCCAGCGCUGUGGACAAAAUCGAUUUCUUGGAAAUCUCGGACGUGGAAGGUAGCGUCAAGAGCGAUGUCAAGUUCUUGCAGGAGAAUCCCCUCGUCCUCCCUGAGACCAAGAUCACUGGAUGGACAUAUGACGUCCGCUCGGGAAAGGUUCAACAAGUCGCUUGA